UCCGGCGAUGCUUUCUGGGAGUUGUAGUCUCGGAGACCCGGUUCCUGGGCUGGCGGCAUCAGGACUCCUCGUCCCAGCGUCCCCCGCAGGAGCCUGGGAGCACUUCCGCCCUGUUGUGAAGUGGGUGUCUCCGUGGUCUUGGGGAGCAGUCCUUCCCCAGGAGUCCCUGGAAGGACACAUUGCCAAUGCAGGAAGUCCCUGGAUGAGGACAGCCCCGCCAAAGGGAAGCCUGCAGGCCGGAUGAUGGCUGUGGCCUCACCUCCACCAGAGCCUGAAGACCUCCUGAUUGUGAAACUAGAAGAGGACUCAUGGGGACCAAUCUCCAAACCCCAGAAGGAGGUCCAUGGCCGUGUCCCUGGUCCCGAGGUUUCCCGCCGAUGUUUCAGGCAGUUCCAAUACCAGGAUGCAGCUGGGCCCCAUGAAGCUUUCAGCCAGCUCUGGGCUCUCUGCUGUCGUUGGCUGAGGCCUGAGAUCCGCCUCAAAGAGCAGAUCCUGGAACUGCUGGUUCUGGAACAGUUCCUGUCCAUCUUACCCAGGGAGGUGCAGACCUGGGUGCAGGCACGACACCCCGAGAGCGGGGAGGAGGCUGUGGCCCUGGUGGAGGAUUGGCACCGGGAGGCCUGGGCUGCCCGACAGCAGGGACUGGAGCUGUGUGCUGAAGAGUCCGGGUCCUUCGAAGCAGUUCAAGAGUUUCAGAGCUUCCAGCUGCAGCCAGUGGUUCACUGCCCUGAGACACAGCUCCAGAGACAGCUGAAUACACACCCCGACCUUUCCCAGAUGCCACCUCAGCCCCUGAAAGAGAGUGCUGUCCUCACACCCCAGGCCCCAACUGUUCCAAAGAUGGGGAGCACUGGAGAUUGGGAGGCGGCAGCCCAGUCCCAGGAAGCCCUGAGUCCCAGUAGACAAGCCAAGGAGGAGCUCUGCCAGGACCCUGCCGGAGAUGACUGUGGGAACGGGGCGUGCCUGGGAGUUCCGGUUUCUAAGCCAGGUGUCACGUCCCAGCACGAGCGAGGACCAGGGAUUUCGGGUCUGAGCCUUAUACAUUCUGGGAAUGGGAACACGGCAGAUUCUAGCCUGGACAGUGAGCCAAACCAACCAGCCCAGACACCAGCCCAGGAGGACUCCGGGGCCCAGGAAGAACAAUGCCAGUGUGAUGGGGAGGAUGUGAAGGUGUCGGGUGUGCACUGGAGCUAUGAGGAGACCAAGGCCUUCCUGGCAAUUCUCAGUGAGUCCCCAUUCUCUGAAAAGCUCCGGACCUGCCACCAGAACCGCCAGGUAUACGGGGCCAUCGCAGAGCGGCUGCGGGCACGAGGCUUCUUGCGGACGCUGGAGCAGUGUCGCUACAGGGUCAAAAACCUUCUACGGAACUACCGGAAAGCCAAGAACAGCCACCCACCGGGAACCUGCCCCUUCUACGAGGAGCUGGAGGCUCUGGUGAGGGCCCGGACAGCCAUCAGAAGAACUACAAAUGGGCCAGGAGAGGCUGUGGCGCUCCCCAGACUGGGCGACAGUGAUGUUGAGAUGGAUGACCAAGAGGAAGCGAGCUGGGAGCCCAAGGAGGCACCCGAAGACUGCAGGGGCUCUGGCCUGGCCACUGAGGAGUCUCUUCGGGGUCCCAGGAUUGCAGGGGGCCCAGCUCUGCUCCAGAACCGCAUUGCAGGUGUGCACUGGAGCUUUGAGGAGACCAAGGCCUUCCUGGCAAUUCUCAGUGAGUCCCCAUUCUCUGAAAAGCUCCGCACCUGCCACCAGAACCGCCAGGUAUACCGGGCCAUCGCAGAGCGGCUGUGUGCACUGGGUUUCCUGCGCACGCUGGAGCAGUGUCGCUACAGAUUCAAAAACCUUCUUCGAAGCUACCGGAAAGCCAAGAGCAGCCGUUCACCAGGAACCUGUCCCUUCUACGAGGAACUGGACUCGCUGAUGAGGGCUCGGACCGUGAUCAGGGCCAUGGAGAUGGCAGGAGAAGCCAGAGGUCUUCCGGCGUCUGGGCAGAGCGGUGCUGAGGCUGAUGACCAAGAGGUCUGGGGUGAGGUGGAAGAUGAAGAUGCCAUUCAACUUCUGACUCCAGAUCCUCACACUCCAGAUACAGGUUUUGAGCUGAAGCGUGAGGAUGAAGACCAGAUAUCAGAGCAGGAUGUUUUUGGGGAUUUGCCUGAAGCAUUAUCAAACUAUACCACAGACGCUGUUUGUCGGUCUCAUGACUGGGGGGAGGAGAAUGAGAUCGAAGAGGAAGGGGCGUGGAGGAGCGUCCUCCCGUGGGAAGAGUGCUCCUCUGAGGAGGACUUAGAAAAACUCAUUGACCAUCAAGGCCUGUACCUCACAAAGAAACCCUACAAAUGUGACACAUAUGUGAGAAGCUUCAGCAGGAACUUCCACUUCGAGGCCCACCAACAAACCCACACAGGGGAGAAGCCCUACAGAUGUCUUGACUGUGGCAAAAGCUUCAGUGACCGCUCCAACCUCAGUACCCACCAGAGAACCCACACAGGGGAGAAGCCCUAUACAUGUGGGACCUGUUGGCAAAGCUUCAAGCAGAGCUCAAACCUACUGAAACACCAGAGGGUCCACUCAGGGGGAGCUCCCGACCAGUGCAAUGAGCCUGGGGGGAACUUUGGCCACAGUCCAUCUUUGAGUGCUCACUGGAGAAGUUCUACGUGGGAGAUGUCUACACAACCUCAGCAUGUGAGCGUGAGCACGGACCCCCCCGCAGCCCGUCGCUCCGGCUCAGGGGAGAAGCUGUAUCCGUGUCUUGAGUGUGGAAGGUGUUUCUCUAAGAGCUCUGCCCUCAUCAGUCACCAAAGAAUCCACACAGGCGAGAAGCCAUACGCAUGUGCCCAGUGUGGGAAGACCUUCAGCAAGGGCUCCACCCUGGCCAACCACCGGCGGACGCACACCGGCGAGAAGCCGUAUAAGUGUGCAGACUGCGGGAAGGGCUUCAGCGAGCGCUCCAAGCUCACCACCCACCAGAGAAUCCACACGGGAGAGAAGCCCUACAGAUGCCUGGAGUGCGGCAAGUUCUUCCGGGACCGCUCCAACCUCAUCACCCACCAGAGAAUCCACACGGGCGAGAAGCCGUACAAGUGCAGGGACUGCGGCAAGUGCUUUAACCAGAGCUCCAGUCUCAUCAUCCACCAGAGAAUCCACACCGGGGAGAAGCCGUACAAGUGCACGGAGUGCGGCAAAGACUUCAACAACAGCUCCCACUUCAGCGCCCACCGCAAAACCCACGCGGGAAGGAAAGCCUUGUAGGCAACGCCUCCUCCCAACAGAAGAGCAAUAAUGUGUAUUUACAUGUCAUUAUCGUUUCUAAAACAUGCUAGAAAGAAACCUUCCAACGGCUAGCUUGGUGUAUACUUAGAGAUGCUGUCUUGGUAAAUUCGGGUAAUUUGGAUGUGAAUUACACCUACAAGGAUUAAGAUUUGGAGGUACUUUUCAAGCGUAAUUUGUCCCUCCCCCCCCCCCACACACACACACAUAAAUACCCCUACAGAAUCGUUAGGUUAGCUGUCCUUACACCUGCUGUCUCGAGAGCUUAGUGUGUGAGGCAGAUGGCAGAUGCGGGAUUAGAGUUGAAUCUGGCCCUACGUCUCGCUCUGCUUUUUACAGCUUCUUACUGCUCUACCCAGGGAGGGUGGUUCUUGUUCUUGGUGGUUUGCAGUUGGGAUCAAUCCUCACCGCGAAACUUGAAACUUCACGGUGAGAGGAGGUGUCACCCGAGAAGCAGUGCCUAGGGUACUCCAGGGCAAUGUGGCAGCAAGUGGGGCAGCAAUGACGUCAUUGCAGAACCAUUAACAACAGCAGAAAUAGCUGGGCACUGGACAUUUGCUCCUGAGCAGCCCGUGUGCCAAGCCACCUACGUAUCAUCUCAUUUAGCCCUCAAAGGGGUCCUAUUUCCCAGAGGACUGGGAAAGUUGGGUGACCUGCAUUGGUCUGAAAAUGGGAGAGGCAGAAUUCAUCAAGACUCAGGUGUCCCCAGAGUCUGAGAGGCUGUGUGUUUUCCUGAGCCCUCUUACAUGGAGAUUGGUAACUAGUACUAAGAUCGCAAAGUAUAAUCACUAAUGAACCCCCCUUUAACGAAUACAGAGGCUGAGAGUCCCUGCAGUUGAAAGGAUUUGGGAGGUUCAGAAUCGGUGAAGCGUUCUGUGUAAAGGCUGAGUUGUUACCGAAGUGAUGGGUGGGAGUCCCCGUCUUUAGAUCAUGUGGGUGAGAGCGGGAGGUAAGCCGAGACUUGUGUCCUGAGUGGGAGAGUGCUUGGGCGAAGAAAUGGGUCCGAGAGUUCUUUUUUCAGGUCAGUCUUGCUUCUCAUUACCCGUGGCCCAUCACAGGUUAAUAAGCCUUACCGAGCCGGCCUUCCUCCAGUGCUCAGUCACUCCUGCCCUUUGGUCUCUGGCUCAUUUUCUUCAUU